CGAGGCAUUUUCAAGAUGAUUGCGAAUAGUAUUUUUAUCUUGUUUUCCUUCGUUUGUAUAACCCUUUACUUAUAUGGUGUUUUACUAACAUUCAGUUCAGUAAAUCAUGGUAACAAUGACUGUAAAAUGACUUUUAUGUUUGAACAUCCCAAUUAUGUGAAAAUUGACUUUGAAGAGAAUGAAAGCUUUCCAAAGUAUAACUUAUACGCUUAUUCAGAAGGACAGUUGACUGAGAAUGCUAGAAAUUUAAUAUUUAAUGGAGCUCCUGUAUUGUUCAUACCUGGAAAUAGUGGAAGUUAUAAGCAAGCUAGAUCACUUGCAUCUGUUGCCUUACGUAAAGGAAUAGAUAACGACUGGUUCAGACAUUUAGAUUAUUUUACUGUUGAUUUAAAUGAAGAAUAUGCGGCGCUUUAUGGCGGCGUUCUACAUGAUCAAACUCAAUUUAUUGAGCAUUCAAUUAGCGCUAUUCUUAAACUUUACAAUCGUUUGCCAUUUCCACCAAAGAAAAUUGUGAUAGUUGCUCAUUCCAUUGCUGGAAAAAUUGCACAGAAGUUGUUGUCAUCUCCUGACACAGCUGAGCUCAUCAACACUGUCAUUACACUUGCAUCACCUAUGGAUAAGCCAGUUUUGAAUUUGGAUCAUCAUAUCGACUCAUUUUAUAAAUCUGUUGAAGGUUAUUGGAUUAAAAAUCGAUUUAUUGAUGAACCACUUAACAGCACUUGUGGAGUGAAACGACGGAAAAAGUUAAGCAACGAUCAAGAGAAGAGAAAAUUGGACGAAAAACUUUUAAUCACAAUUGGUGGUGGAAACAAAGAUUUACUCGUUCAUUCAGGAUUAACUGACUCGAAAUUCAGUGAUAUUCAUGCAAUGACCACAGCAAUAUCUAAAGUGUGGGUGGAAAGUGACCAUCUUUGUAUUGUUUGGUGUCUUCAACUCGUUCUGGUUGUCAAUCGAUUUCUCUAUAGCAUUAUUGCGCCUACACAAUACAAAGGACCAAUUUCAAAGGGACUCAGUUUUAUUGAGGAGAAAGAAGCUCGUUUAAGAAAGGCAGAACAAUAUUUUCUGGGCCUUCCACCAAUCCCCACAAACAAAGAAAAGACUCGUAAAAUUGAUUCACCAGAAAAAGCUGAAUGGCUUGAAGAUAAUCGACGAAUUUUUACACAUCAAUUUAAAAAUGGCAUCAAUCGAACAAGAAUACAAAUGAUUCGUCUUGUUGAUAACUUUUUAUAUCAUUCAGUUCGUGUUGAUGUCAUAAAUCGAGAAACAAAUGAAUGGAUUUAUGGUUGUGAAGCAAUUGAAACGACAUCAUCAUCAAGAUUUUGUUCGUAUGCGACUUUAUUACCGACAAAUAUUGUCAGAAAAAUUCCACCACAAUAUCCAGACCAUGAAAACUUUCUAUUGAAUCUUCAUGAAUUAAAAGCGAAGAAUCCUAAAUGGACGCACGUUCUCCUUCGCUUUGCACCAACACGUGAACCAUUUCAAUACACUGUUGACAUUCACAACCCAUCAGAUCGUCAAAUUAUGUUCACAAUGCCAAAAUGGUAUUCAUUUAGCACUUACAAGAUUCUCGACGAUACAUUGCUGGGUGCUUCUUAUUAUCAAUUCAAUGUUACUGACCUCGAUGAACAACAUCAAGCACUUGAAAUUAUUGUCACACCAAAGCAUUGUUCAAAGCACAUAACAGUCGGGAAGGUUUGCAUUCCUUGGAUAAGUGGCUUUGAUCGCUAUCAUCAAUUUGAAGAUAACAAAAACAUGAUUUUAUGGACACCAAAAACACGCCCAUUAAAUUAUAACACAACAAAUUAUCCAAUUCAAUUGGAAUUAUUUCUUGAUCCAACAUGUCGUUAUACGAUUGAAAUAAAACAAUCUUUUGGUCAAUUGUUGUCAAAAAUUGUUCAACAAUUCUCGCAUUGGUUACCAGCACAUCUUGUAGCGUUAAUUUGUUUAUCGAUUAAACAUCAAAUUGGAUUAACGCCAAGUGGAGAGAAAUUUAAAUGCGGUUCUUUAUAUAAAGCAUUGGGAACUUGCACUCCAUUCUUUGUCAUGACAGUGUCAAGAUUAUUUCUCAAGAUCAUCGUGUUGAUGAAGAUUUUGCCAAAGCCAGAAGUUUUGCCAACUUCUUUAACAGUUUCAAUAAUAAUUCAUGGAACGGCAUUAGCACUUCUCACGAUUCUUACAGGAUUGAUAUGGACCGGCAUAACAUUUUGUGCUUCAAUCGCUCACAAAAUUCUCUUCAAAAUUGUUCAUUUGCCAAUUCCGAUUCUCUCUGACACUUGCAUAUCAAUUAUUGAGAAAUUUCCAGCUUCAGUUGCUGCUUUGUUGAUUGCUUUGGCAUUUUCAUCAUGUGGUGGAAUUGCGUUGAUUGUUGGAUGUUUCGUUUAUUUUAUUUUGCUUUCUAAAAUGUACGAAGAUUAUUUGGAAAAUUUUGUGUUCAAUACAGCAAAACUCAUUGCAAUGAAACUUUUUGGACGUGUAAGAAAAUCACAAAAUUCUGAAGUGAUUGAAGAGCCAAAGAAAUCAGAAGAAGUUGAGAAGCCGAUCGUAACUUCUGAAGUUGAAUCAGAAGCUGAAGAUAAAGAGGAAGAAGAGAAGAUCAGCCAAUUACUUGAAGAGGCAAUGAAAAAGCAACGUGAAGAGAAAGCAAAACGUGAUAAGGAAUUAGCAUCAUCUCGAAUAGAAUAUGACAGCUUGACUGAAGGUUUAAGUGACAUCAACUUUCAUUUACCAAUUUUUUAUCUUCUCUUGAUGUCAGCGAUGUUUUCUCUGCCUUCAGUGGUGACAUGGGCACGUAAUUAUCAUUAUUCAAAGCAACUUUCUCCCGAUCCAAUGUUGAUACCAGCAACUUGCAUCUUAACAGCUCUUGGAUUUAUCUGGCAAAUGCCAACACCAAGAAAUUUAUAUUACUACAAAGCUGUUGGACAUUUUCUCUAUGUUACAGCUGUUGUUUCCGUUCUUUAUUGUCAAGACGCAAUUUUCAAGCUCAACUAUGUCAUCACUGCAGUCAUCGUAGUUAUUGCAAUUCAUCAAUUUUUAGCACCAAAGAAACAAAACGAUGAUGAAGAAGCGCCACCAGAUUUUUUUGACAAUCUUAAGACAAACUUCGAAAAAUUGAGGGAAGUCAAAGGAUUUGUUCAAAAAUAAAUGUUUAAACUUUAUAGACAAAAUUCGUUAAUGACAUUAAACUUUACUUCUUAAACGAUCUCAUUCUCAGCACGAAUGUUUGACAUGACCUAUGAACAAAACUCUACUUAGUUGCACAAAGAAAUAGAACAAAUUUAAUAAAAGUUUCUCUUUAAACGUUCUCCAUCACCAAAUCAAAAAA